GCUUCUUCUUCUUCCUCUUUUUCUUCCCUCUCUCCUUCACCCAGCAGCUGGUUCCUUUUUAUUUUUUGUUUUCUCCUGAAAUCUUGAAAUUGGUUUGAAUUCUUGUUCUUAUAUCAGUAGACAGUUCGAAAGGAUCGAUUUUUGGGCUUGAUUUGAGUAAUGGGCGUGAAGGAACUUAGGAAAUUGGGGGAAAUUAGGUUUUUCUUGAAUUGUCUACAAGAUAUUUGUGAAAAUUUCUGAUUGAAUUAUAAAAGAUUUGUGUAGCACCUUUCCAUAUACUGAGUGAUCUGUGUGGUUCUUGAAUCCCAGUUUUGUGUUUCUUGUUUCUUCUCCGUCUAUGAGUUUUUAACCUUACUCUCUUUCUUUAUCAGCUUGUAGUUGAAGCUAAUGACAUUUGUUUUCUCAAGAGAGAGUUUUUUAUUUAAUGGAUUGAUUGUGAAAUUGAUAUAUGCUGAAACUUUGUGGUCUAGGAAGUAGCUACUACAUAUAUUGGGUCAGAAGACCAACAUUUCUGUUAGCUGUUUCAUGGGAUUCGCCAUCACCGUCACAUUACCUAACUGUGGAAGUAAGUUAUUACCAAAGAGGAGUUUCAGAGACAAAGCACCUUUGUCUCUUGCCAUUUGCUGGGAGUUUUGUUCUCUCUGUCAUUUCCUUCAUCCUGCACGGCCUCUCUUGGUCAGACAUCAAAGGAGGAUGUCAUGGACAACCAUCAAAAGCUCGGUUGGUGGGGACAGAUUCGAUCCAGCAUCCAGUUCUUCAAGUAAUAGUAACUCCAGAGGUCUACGGCUAAUCAAAGCCAUACAAGUUCUCAGAACUAAGCUUCUGGUGAAGAUUCAGGAGAUAAAGAAAGAUCUGCCCAAGAAACUCUUCUUUCUCUUGGUGGGAUUUUACUCUGCAACUGCUUUCUCUACAUUCAUAGGACAAACAGGAGACUGGGAUGUUCUAUCUGCUGGACUGGCUGUGCUUGUAGUUGAAGGCAUUGGAGCUUUAAUGUACAGAGCUUCUAUUCCAUUAAUCAACAAGAUGCGGAGCACAAUCACCAUGUUUAAUUAUUGGAAGACCGGACUCGCCCUCGGACUGUUCCUAGACUCAUUCAAGUUUUAGCUCAGAUCUCGAAAGCAACAAGAAAGAGUGCGAAACAAGGCAAUAGAGAGUGAUCAGCAAAAUUUUGACAAGCUGUGUCUCCUUUAGUCCUUUAUGCCUAGAAUCAACACAUGAGGGUUGUGCAGACUUAAACGCUCGUUGGAAACAAAUCUCAGGUUUCAGCUUUUCAAAUCACAAGCUAAAGACAAGGGACCAGACCUUGGAACAUACGAAAAGCCAGUGACCAGCAAACAAUACUCGAGACUUGUCUGUAAAGCCAUGUAUUUGAUUCUGACUCGAAAUCUAUUGCAUUGCAGAUCGAUAGGUUUAUACUAGCAUGAUUUCCUGAAACAUUCUAAAAUUUCCACUUUUCAUCUUUUUAUGUGACUUGCAGCCUAAACCAGUAAACCUUGUUGAUUAAGCUCUUAAGUUAACAAAUA